AUGAGUAAAACCAUCAUUAUCAUUCCAUCUGUGACAUACACAUUUCAUUGUCCAUUAUCAUUUAGUGAAAUCAUUCCUAAUGAACUAAAUGGUAAAAUUGAACCUAUGGAAUAUACUAAAUAUAUUCAUUCAAUCAAUUUACUACUUCAAUCAUGUAUCACUAAAUCAGUGCUUGUUACUGGACGUAUCCCAUGUUGUAAAACAACACACACAAUGUACCAUGGGACAUCAGAUGGAAUUCGGUGUGUCAACGAAUAUUUAAAUAACAACUCAUCAACUUUACCAUCAGGUCAUUCAAUGUGUUUGAUUACAACAGAACAACCUCCAUUUCUUCGAUAUGAAAUCUCAUCAGAAAACCCUCAUAAAACAGCAACAUCUCAAACGUGUUUACCACAUCCUCAAGUUUCUCCUUCAAAAGUUCUUCCAAAUGAACAACAAGGUAUUGAAGUUAAAGUCAACUCAACAAUAAACACAACACAUGCAGGUGUUGUAUCUCCUGUUAUUAAGAAUAAACAACAAUCACCAACUACUGAAACAACGCCAUUACUAAAAUGA